ACAGCAGCAACCACGACGACCACUCCCAAGAAGCCUACUCAGUCAGUAGAUAGACUAGUCAACUGCAGCCAUGGACACGCUUGCAUACAGCCCGCUUCUCACACAUCUGCUCAAAUUCACGAGCACCACUGUCGGCAGGGACAAGGUCUACCGAACCAUCCAAUACUGGUCCCGCUUCUAUGCUUGGUACCUCCUGCGUAAAGGCGCCCUCCCCGCCGAGAUUGCACCCUGGUCGGCUCUCAAGUCGCACCUUGCGCUUGCUCGCAAGUUGAUGCGUGUGGGCAAGAACCUCGAGCAUGCACGAGCUGCCGCUGUGUUGCUGCAGUCGCCAGCCAAGGCGGACCCGAUUGUGAAAGCGCUCGGUGUUGGUAGGCAGCUCGGAUAUGCAGGGUACCUGACCUACGAUAUCGCCAACUGGGCACACGGAACCAAGUUCAUCACGCUCAAGAACAACAAGGCCAUUUCCCAGACGGCCGCCAAAUUUUGGUUCGCUGGGCUUUCCUGCAACAUCCUUGCCGGUUUGUACAAGCUCUAUCUCAUUCGCGAGCAGACUGCCCGUGAAUCCAUCAGCUCUGAUGCUGAAAAGAAGAUGGCGUCGCAGAAGCUCGCAAAGGACGCCUUUGCUGCCAAGAGGCAGCUUCUCCAGGACUGCCUCGACAUUUGCAACCCAGGAACCUCGCUUGGCGUGUUCAACUUUGACGAUGGCUUUAUCGGUCUUGCUGGACUCGGCUCUUCGUUGCUGGGCUUGCAGUCCCAGUGGAAGAAGACGGCUCCUUAGAGUCUCUCUUGCUUGCAGUCAUAGUCCAGUGUUCUUUGUAUCGUUUGCUUCCAUUUCACUGCCCG